CCCCCUCUCUCUCUCUCCCCCCGCCCCCCUCAGCCUCGACCAGGAUGUCGGGGCACCCCGGCGGUCGGUGCUGGCCAUUGGCCCUCCUGGUGCUGGUCCUGCUGUCGGCCUUGCGGCCCGUGGCCGGCGCCGCGCCGAGCUUCCACACGGUCUGGCUGCUUGGCAGCGAGCUGUCCCCGACCCGGCAGGCGGACAUUGUCUUUUGCGACUUCUUCACCCAGCGGUACCAGAUGACUGGCAUGGCGGAUGGCUUUGACGACCUCUUUUACUCGUGGUCCCACUACUCGGUCAAGACGGCGCCCGGGGGCAAGCGCCGGGGGGACUUCUCCGGCGCGCGCCCGGUGCGCUUCAUCGCCGGCGAUUUGCGCCAGCCCACCUGCCUGUAUGGGUACCCCUUCGUGUCGGCCGGGCCCGGGGCCUGGCCCCUCUAUGCGGGACUUGUGUCCAACAUCCCGAUGGUCUUCGCGUCGGCCGUGGCCACGAGCUCCGAGAUCUUCCUGCUCAAUCGGGACAUUUUGUUCAGCAUCAACAUGCAAGGGCAGAGCCCCAUCUUGGUCUUCGACCAGGCGUCCCCCCCGCGCAUCCAGCCGUUCGUGGCCAGCAUCCACCACGAUGAGCUGGGACUGAUGCUGCCGGUGGUCGACUUGCCGGACAAGCAUUUUGUGAACAUCGGCUUGGUGGGCCAGAAGUUGCUGACGGCCACCGACCUGGACGCCGACGGCCUGGUGGACGCGGUGCUGGUGGCCGCCUCGGAUGCCCUCCACCCGACCGGCCCGCAGUCGGUCUACUGGCUGUCCAACAUCGGCCGGUCCUUUACCAGCGCCGGCGGCCUGCCGGACCUGUCGCUGCUGUACCGGCUGCCGGCCGGCUUCCGCGCCGGGAAAAUUGUCGUCGGCGACUUCGACGGCGACGGCCGCGCCUCGGACCUGGCCGUGGUGUCCGGCGCCGGGUCCACCGCCCCGGAGCAGGUGAUCUUCCUGCUGACGUCGGACCUGGCGGCCCCGGUGCACCUGCUGCUGGCCGACAUGGUCGUUGGUGAUUUGGCCCUGGCCUCGGUGGCCGUGGACCAGCGGCAGCCGAAGAUCGCCCGCGCGCCCGGGCUCGCGGCCCCGGGCCGUGACAGCCUGCUGGUGGCCCACGGCAGCCGGGUGUGGCUGGUGCCGGGGCCGGUGCGGCCGGCCGGCGGCCGGCCAUCGGACCUCGGCCUGCUGGAGGCCCACGGGGCCGGCCUGCUGCCGGACUUCCCCACCCACUCGGACGUCUGGUGGUCGGUGGCCACCGGGGACUUCGACGGGGAUGGCCAUCUGGACGUGGCCCUGGCCCACGGGUCCAUGGGCGGGCAGGUGCUGCUCCUGUCGCAGGUGGCCGCCUCGCCGAACUGCCUGUGCGGCCCGGGCGCCCGCUGCCUCCAUGGGGGCUUCUUCGAGCAGCCCACCUGCCAGUGUCUGGACCCGAAUGUGGACCCGGGCACGGACUUCGCCCCGUGCGAGUUCUGCCGGCCGGGCUUCUUCAAUGACAAUGGGGAAAAUGCCGCCCCAAGCUGCCGGGCUUGCCACGCGUCGUGUGCCUCCUGCACGGGCGCCGGGCCCGGGGACUGCACCUCCUGCCCCGGCGGGGCCCUCCUGCAGGGCGGCACAUGCGCCGGGUCGGCCGGGCCGGAGGUCAUCGCCAGGCUGGUGCCCCCCUCGGAUGGGGUGCUGUAUGAGGCCAUCCCCGUGGAGCCGUUCCCGCUUUUCGACCUGAGCGUCACCCUGGCCUGGCCCGCGUGGGAGCAUGUGCCGGAUGGGAUCCACACUACCAUGGCCGAGGGCAACCUGCGUUCCAACAUCCAUUUCGAUACCUCCCCCGCGCCGGAGGAGGUGCAUCUGUUCUCCGGGCACUCGCUGGUCGGGCGGGUGUCCUUCCAGGAGGACCCCCUCCGGGGGUGGUACCUGGCCAAGGGGCAGCCCUUCGGCAACAUCUCCUGCCAGACGCUGGUCAAGUACAACGAAAAGAUCGCCACGAUCUAUGGCGGCGGGGAUUUGAUGACCUGCGCCGAGGCCAACUCCGCCGGCCGGUGCUCCAGGCUGCAGCAGCAUUUCGGCAUGGGCUUGGAUUUCAUGAGCCUGGGCCGGGUGGUCGGCGAGGCGUCCAGCCCGGAUGCCGUGGUGCGGGUCGUCCGCGGGACCUACUUUGGCGCUCGGCUGAUCACCAACAGCACGCUGGUGUCCGUGCACUGGGCGGCCAUGGACAACGACUUCGGCAUCGAGACCAUGGUGGUGCUGAGCACCCUGUCGCAGCCGGUGGAGUUCGCCCGGGCGGCGGCCACCGGCCGCCGGUGCCAGCUGCUCUGGUACCCCUUCCAGCCGAUUGACUCGUUCCACCUGUCGGCCCUGCCGGGGGAGGUCCUCCUGGCGGACCUGCCGUGCGGGCAGCUGGUGCCGGUUCUGGCGCCGGCCGGCCAGCGGCCGGGGUUCCUGCUGGUGCCGGAGCGGCCCGACCCCGGCACCGGGGCCGUGAUGCUGCUCCUGCGGAAUGUGGCCACCGGGGCCCGGCACCGGCCGGACCUCCUGCCCCCGGUGCCGGUGCUGACCAUGGGGGAUCUGGGCCACGCGCCGGGGGCCCCGGUCCCCGGGCCGCUGGUGGCCGCCUCCGACCCGCUGCUCAUGGCCCCGGGCCGGGCGCGGGUCUUCCUCUGGACCGGCAGCUGGCUGCACGUGGUGGAUGUGCACUUUGACGGGGCCGCCGGCGGGGAGCCCGGCCGGCGCAGCCACACGGUCCGCGUGGACCACCAGCCGGCCGUCCCGUGGGAUUCCCUCUCCUUCUUCCACGGCGGGCCGAUCAUCAUGCUGGCGCUGAGUGUCAAUCCCGAGGACCAGCACUCGGCCGUGGUCCUGAUCAACCCGGCCAGCAUGGCUGGGACCCUCUUCCAGCAGGGCAGCCCGACCAAUGGCUGCGGCUGCGGCAUGGUCGGGCACUGCACCCCGCCCGGCGCCUGGGGCGGGGAGCUCGUCUCCUCGCAGUCCCUGCCGCCGGAGCCGGGGGCCCCCUCCACGGCCAGCAACGAGGGCACCUUCCGGCCGACCAACCUGCGCACGGCCGACCUGUGCCAGUGCACCGAAGGCCGGGGCAUGCCGGCGGCCGAUCCGCGCCAUGGGCUGUGCGUGGCAUGCGAGCCGGAGUCCGGGUCCGGGCCCGGGCCGGCCGGCAGCUCGUCCGGCGCCUCCACCUGCAUGGCCUGCCCCUUUGCCGGGUGCCUGGUGUGUCUGGAGCUCCGGUGCGACGAGUGCCAGCCGGGGCUGGUGCUGACCGAGUCCGGCCGGUGCGCGGCCUGGUGCGACGCGCCGGAUGCGCCGGUGCUGGCCGGGCGCCAGUGCCAGACGCCCGACCUGGCCGACGGCUGGGUCCCGGCCCUGCACAUCCCCCUGCACCCGGCCUGGGCCAGCAUGGAAGCCCGGCAGGUGGCCCCGCUGCGGGUGAUGCACUCGUCCGAGGGCCACGCGGCGCCGAUGCUGGCCGCCGGGCAGUUCCUGCACCUGUCGCGCACCCGGCCGGAGGAUGGCCAGUCCGAGGAGUGGCUGGUGUCGGCGGCGCAACUGCUGCCGGAUGCCCGGCCGUCCGAGACCCGGGCCCUUCGGCUGGCCGACGCCAUGGCCACCAUGUGGGGCCUGUGCACUGCCUCCGCCUCCGCCUCCGCCGCCGCCGGUGUCGGCGUCUCCGGCCACCAGACCCCCGGGCCGCUGGGGCUGGCUCUGGGCAUGGGUGGCUCGGCCCCGGGGGCGGCCCUCCGGGCCGGGCCGUCGGCCAGCCACUCGGCCAGCCACUCGGCCUCGACGCCGGGGCUCACCUGGGACCUGGUGCCGACGGUUCUGUUGCCGGCCCUGCCGCGGGCCCUGCCGCUGCCCUGGUUCGAGGACCUGAAGCAGGCGCCCCCCUCCGGGGCGUGGGGCCCGGACUGGGCGCCCACCCCGGGCCCCUACCCGCCCGGGCUGACCAAGCAAGUUCUCAGCCACGUGGACGGGCUCACGCCGAUGCUCCUGACCAUUGAGGCUGGGCCGCUCCCCGACUUGGGGGUAGGCUCGCCGCCGCCGAGUUUCCUCUGCGACAUCGGUGGCCAGCCGAUGGCCAUUCUCUCGCACAUCCGCAUGGUCGGUUUCAUCAAUGUCCUGUCCGCCGAGACGAUUGUCGACCUCAUGAGCCUGUGUGCCGUGAAUGCCCUGCCCUUGGGGUACCCGGCGGAGGAGCUCUUCUUCGAGCCUGCCACCAUGUCCAGCGGGAUCUUCAACAAUUCCAUUCGGCUGGUGCGCGUGCCGGCCGGGGCACCGCCGGAAGAGUGGCAGCGCGUCAUCCUGACCAUCCCCUUGCUGUUGGGCGCGCUGCCGGUGAGUUUCGGCAAAUGCACAUGGGUCUCGGCGCAUUUGCCCUUCUCCGGGCAGGAAGCCCUGCCACGGCGCCUGUACAUCGCUCCCAGCAUGGUCAUCAGUAUCACCUUUGAGGCCCUGCAUUUGGAGGCCGCCAGCGACCUGGCUCCCGGGCUGCCGGCCGACAGGCCGGGCAUUCUUCUGGCCCUGAAUGGCGGCUCCUGCAUGUGGCUGCUGGACCCGGACGACCGGCACAUCACCAGCACCAGCGUCACCUAUAUGCCUGACGAUGAGACCAUCGAGCUGGGCCUCCUGCGUAAUGACGGCCAACCGGACAGUGUCGUGCUCAUGGGCUUUGAGUGUCUCUUGCAGCGUGUCUGCUCGACGAUGUUCCAGGCGGCUGGCGCGGAGCCGGCCCUCGGCCGGGGCACCGCCGCCGGCAGUGGCACCCGCAAUGGCUAUGGCUGCCCCAUGGUCGUCCUCGAGCGUGACCCCAUCGAGGAGGACGCCUUCCUGCAGGCGCACGACCUGGAUGGCGACCUGCUGAUGGACUAUGUGCUGCAUUACCGGGCCUCCGGCCGGGUGGUGGCCUACAUGGCGCAGGACAACACCCGGGAGUCCUUCCGCCGGGUGGUCAUCCUUCCGGGCCGGGUGGCGGCCGCCACCGGCGGCAGCCUCCCCCCGCCGCCGGACAUCCUGGUGGCCGACGUCGACCAGGACGGCCACAUGGACGUGGUGGUGGUGGACCGGUCGGCCGACGGCCGCGAGGCCAGCCUCACGGUGUACGGCCGGGCCGACCAGACCGAGGCCUGGUGCCCGCCCAGGGCCGAGUUCGACCCGGUGGCCGGCCGGUGCGCCUGCCCCGGGGCUGGGCGCUUCAUCAACCCGGCGACCGACGAGUGCCAGUGCGUUGAGCACGCGGUGCCGGCCGGGCCGGGCGCCGUGGACUGCAUUUGCCCGGUCGGCAUGCAGGCCGCCCUGUCGGCGUGCGUCUGCCAGCCGGGGCUGCUCCCGGUGGCGGACGAGGCCACCGGCCGGGCCAUCUCGCCGCCCCGGUGCGAGGCCUGCCAUGGCAGCUGUGCGGCCUGCUCGGCCACCCGGCCGGGGCUGCGGCUGACAGUCGGCGGGCCGGAUGGCUUCGACGACAUCGCCUAUCUGCAGACGCACUUCACGGUGCGCACCGCGCCCGAGGGCAAGCGCCGGGGGGACUUCUCCGGCACGCGCCCGGUACGCUUCAUGUCCGGCGGCGUGCGAGACCUCAGCUGCUUCCAUGGGUACCCCUUCGCGCCUGACGGCUACCGCGGGGCGCCCCUCUUCAAGGGACAAGUGGGCGCCUUUUCGACCACCUUCUCGUCGCUGGUGGUCAGCGACGGUUUGGGCAUCAUGCUCAAUGACGAUCUCAUGCUGCGCAUGGUCCUCAGUGGGCAUAGCCAGGUGUUGGUCUUCGAUCAGGCCUCCCCGCCGCGCGUCGACCCGAUGCUCAUGUACCUGGACUCCGGGAAGGUGCACCUCCGGCCGGUCACGCCCUUCUCCAACGCCAUCCUGUCGGACACCUUCGGCCUGAUGGAUCAUCGUCUGCUGACGGCCACCGACCUGGACGCCGACGGCCAGGUGGACGCCGUGCUGGUGGCCAGCAUGUCCUUCGUCCAGACGUCCAGCGCGCAGUCCCUCUUCUGGCUGAGCAAUGUCGGCCGGCCGCAGAGCGGCUUCGGCCAGCUGGCCGACACGUCGCUGCUGUACCAGCUGCCGGCCGGCUUCCGCGCCGGGCAAAUGGUCGUCGGGGACUUCGACGGCGACGGCCGUGCCUCGGACGUGGCCGUGGUGUCCGGCGCCGGGUCCACCGCCCCGGAGCAGGUGAUCCUCCUGCUGACGUCGGACCUGGCGGCCCCGGUGCACCUGCUGCUGGCCGACAUGGUCGUUGAUGAUUUGGCUUUGGCCUCGGUGGCCGUGGACCAGCGGCAGCCGAAGAUCGCCCGCGCGCCCGGGCUCGCGGCCCCGGGCCAUGACAGCCUGCUGGUGGCCCACGGCAGCCGGGUGUGGCUGGUGCCGGGGCCGGUGCGGCCGGCCGGCGGCCGGCCAUCGGACCUCGGCCUGCUGGAGGCCCACGGGGCCGGCCUGUUGCCGGACUUCCCCACCCACUCGGACGUCUGGUGGUCGGUGGCCACCGGGGACUUCGACGGGGAUGGCCAUCUGGACGUGGCCCUGGCCCACGGGUCCAUGGGCGGCCAGGUGCUGCUCCUGUCGCAGGUGGCCGCCUCGCCGAACUGCCUGUGCGGCCCGGGCGCCCGCUGCCUCCAUGGGGGCUUCUUCGAGCCGCCCACCUGCCAGUGUCUGGACCCGAAUGUGGACCCGGGCACGGACUUCGCCCCGUGCGAGUUCUGCCGCGAGGGAUACUUCCGCCCUGAUGGUGGCGCCUGCCAGGAGUGCGAUGCAUCCUGCCAGACGUGCGCCGGCCCCGGGCCCGGCGGGUGCACCUCCUGCCCCACAAGACACACCCUUCAGCAGGGGGCCUGUGUCCAGUCACCCGGCGCCGAGGUCCAGGCCACGCUGGUGCCCCCUUCGGGCGGGGUCUUCUACGAGGCCCUUCGGGGGGGGGCCUUCGCCACUCCGAGCCAUAUGCUGACCGCGGCCCUGCCCUUCUGGCUGCCCAGCGAGGGGGAAAUAAGAGAAAGCAUGGCCGAGGGCGUGUUGCGCACGGUGAUGGAAUUCAGCGCUGUCCCCACGCUCGAGGGGGUGUCCUUCUUCGAAUCCAACUGGCACAGGGGUUCGGUGACCUUUCGCGAGGACCGCCUGCGCGGUGGGUACCAUGUCGUGGAGGAGCCCUUCGCCGUGCCCACUCGCCACCCUGUGGCCAAGUAUGACCAAAAGAUCCCCAUCAGCCUGGACAGCAGCGAGGUGAGCCUCUGCGGCCGGGACAAUGCGGCCGGCCAGUGCCAGACGGUGUGGAAAAACUUCGACCAGGAGCCCCAUCACCUGACCCUGGGACGGGUGGCCGGCCAGGCGUCCCGGCCGGGGGCCGACAGGCCGUCCCUCCACCCGGCCCACCUGGGCGGACGGCGGCGCACCAAUGACACGCUGGUGUCCGUGCAGUGGGCGGCCAUGGACAACGACUUCGGCAUCGAGACCAUGGUGGUGCUGAGCGCCCUGCCGCAGCCGGUGGAGUUCGCCCGGGCGGCGACCACCGACCGCCGGUGCCAGCUGCUCUGGUACCCUUUCCAGGCUUUCGACGUGGCCAGCCUGCCGGCCCUGCCGGGGGAGGUCCUCCUGGCGGACCUGCCGUGCGGGCAGCUGGUGCCGGUUCUGGCGCCGGCUGGCCAGCGGCCGGGGGCUGGGGGCGGAGCCUCCGAGGGUCACAUGCCGCCGGAAGCCCGGGGGUCAGCAGAUCCCGCUGGGGAUACCGUGCCGCCCGGCCCCGCCUGA